CAAAUGCGUGCAAAGCCUUUGAGCUGUGGAGUAUGCUUGCAAGCAUUCUCCCGAGCAAGGUGUGUUUGCACAAAUGUGUGUGCACCUAUUUUAUAUGCGUGCUCACAUGUAUGUGCUCUCUUGCAUAUUUGCAAAUUCUUGGUGUCUGAUAAGAUAAAUGCAUGCACGGAUGUGUGUCUAAGCAAGCGCGCGCGCCGCGGAGCGAGUGUACGUAUGUGUAUGUGUGCGCUCCACUCUCAGCUCUGCUCAUCUCGGUGCCCGGCCCCCUUCGCUCUCCAAGCCCCACCCCUCACCCCUCCGGGCUUCGCUUUUAAAAAAGGUCUCCCCAGUGCUAGCUGCCGAAGCACCCAGAUAGAGCUGGACGGAGGCUAAAGCGGCAGCCCCAGCUUCGCGCCCCGCCCAGUCCCUUUCUCCUGCUGGGGAUCCCCCCUCUUCCCCGCCCACCCCUUACCCGCAUGCAGCCCAGCGCCCUAUGCUAGCCCUCCCCCUCCCCCCCUGCUGUAGCGGGGCGCCGCCGGGGGAGGAGGGGGAAUCGGCUGCGGGUCUUGGUGUUUCUAGCACCCAGCUUCCCUUCAAGCCGGGUCGCGAUGUACGACUGUAUGGAAACGUUUGCCCCGGGUCCGCGACGGCUGUACGGGGCGGCCGGGCCCGGGGCCGGCUUGCUGCGCAGAGCCACCGGCAGCUCCUGUUUCGCCGGACUUGAAUCUUUUGCCUGGCUGCAACCCGCCAGCCUGCAAUCGGUGGAGACACAGAGCACCAGCUCAGAGGAGAUGGUGCCCAGCUCACCCUCGCCCCCUCCGCCUCCUCGGGUCUACAAGCCAUGCUUCGUGUGCAAUGACAAGUCCUCUGGCUACCACUAUGGGGUCAGCUCUUGUGAAGGCUGCAAGGGCUUCUUUCGCCGAAGCAUCCAGAAGAACAUGGUGUACACGUGUCACCGCGACAAAAACUGUAUCAUCAACAAGGUGACCAGGAAUCGCUGCCAGUACUGCCGGCUACAGAAGUGCUUCGAAGUGGGCAUGUCCAAGGAAGCUGUGCGAAAUGACCGGAACAAGAAGAAGAAAGAGGUGAAGGAAGAAGGGUCACCUGACAGCUAUGAGCUGAGCCCUCAGUUAGAAGAGCUCAUCACCAAGGUCAGCAAAGCCCAUCAGGAGACUUUCCCCUCGCUCUGCCAGCUGGGCAAGUAUACCACGAACUCCAGUGCAGACCACCGCGUGCAGCUAGAUCUGGGGCUGUGGGACAAGUUCAGUGAGCUGGCUACCAAGUGCAUCAUCAAGAUCGUGGAGUUUGCCAAGCGGUUGCCUGGCUUUACAGGUCUCAGCAUUGCUGACCAGAUCACUCUGCUCAAGGCUGCCUGCCUAGAUAUCCUGAUGCUGCGGAUCUGCACAAGGUACACGCCAGAGCAGGACACCAUGACCUUCUCCGACGGGCUGACCCUGAACCGGACCCAGAUGCACAAUGCCGGCUUCGGGCCCCUCACAGACCUUGUCUUUGCCUUUGCUGGGCAGCUCCUGCCCCUGGAGAUGGAUGACACCGAGACAGGGCUGCUCAGCGCCAUCUGCCUCAUCUGCGGAGACCGCAUGGACCUGGAGGAGCCCGAAAAAGUAGACAAGCUGCAGGAGCCACUGCUGGAAGCCCUGAGGCUGUACGCCCGGCGCCGGCGGCCCAGCCAGCCCUACAUGUUCCCAAGGAUGCUAAUGAAAAUCACCGACCUCCGGGGCAUCAGCACUAAGGGAGCUGAAAGGGCCAUUACUCUGAAGAUGGAGAUUCCAGGCCCGAUGCCUCCCCUAAUCCGAGAGAUGCUGGAGAACCCUGAAAUGUUUGAGGAUGACUCCUCGCAGCCUGGUCCCCACCCCAAUGCCUCUAGCGAGGAUGAGGUUCCCGGGGGCCAGGGCAAAGGGGGCCUGAAGUCCCCAGCCUGACCAGGGCCCCUGACCUCCCCGCUGUGGGGGUUGGGGCUCCAGGCAGCAGACUGACCAUCUCCCAGACCACCAGUGACUGGGGGAGGACCUGCUCUGCCCUCUCCCCGCCCCUUCCAAUGAGCUCCUUGUUUUUGCCAAAGUUUCCAGGGGUGCCUCUGUGUUCAUCCCCUUCCUGAUUUAACCGGCUCCCUCGCCAGUCCCGGGGGCCUGUCCUGCUCCCAGAGAGAGAGCAGAGGGAUGAGCCUGGGUUUGGACUCUAAAAUCUCAGCACUGCCCCCCGGGUGCCAGGGUCCUAGACUUCCCAGGGCAAGAGGAAGACCCUGCCAUUCCACAGCCCCUUCCUCUGCCAGGUGCUUGGCUCUCUGGGAGCAAACAGGAACACUAGAGACCAAAAAGGGGGCAAAGGAGAAGGGCUGAGCCCACCUUCUUGCCCCUACCCUUGGUGCCUAAUGCUGUGUGAUGCACCUGCAGGGUGUGUGCUAGCCUCUGUGCCCCGUCCUUGUGCCAGGUCAAGGUGGGGGCAGGCUGGGCCCUGCAUUUCUGGGGCAGGAACAGAGGGUGAAAGGGACAGAUAGAUGCAGGUCCGUUCUGCACCUCUUGGCUUGGGUGCAGAGUUCACCCUGUGCCCUCCGUUACGAGUCCCUCCCCCAGCCCUGUCAUGUGCCUUGGGCUCCUCCUGCCCUCCAUCUCAGCCAUCAGGGCAGAGACCCUCCUACACUACAGAGGGCCAGGGGAUCCCUCUCUCCCUAGUGACUUCCACCCUUUACUCCCCAGAGCAGCUUGGCCCAGGGAGGGGGGAUGCUGCUUAGCUGAUCCUGCCCAGACCCAGAGGAAGCCUCUAUUUAUUUAUUAGCUUUUGUUUACACCCUGGAAUUGACCCCUUCCUCCAGGGGUCUUGGGUGGGGGAGCCCAGGGCCCCUGUGACCCCUCCUUUCUUCCUCCAAUCCCCAGUUUGUAUUUAGCUGCCAAAUAAGAUUCCCAUUGGCUCCCUGUGUUCUCUUGGGGGGUCAGGGUGCUGUCCCCUCCCCUCUGUUUACAUCUCCCCUCUACCCCGCUGUAUCGCAUAUUGCUGAGUUUUCUAUUUUUGCAAAAUAAAGUGAUGGAAACUCA